AUGGACUGUUACAUUGGCGCUACCACAGGUGCCUUCAAAGGCGCCAUUUUGAAGGAGAAUUCGUUUCAAAAUUUGUGUGAAAUUAAAUCACUGGAGCCUAAAAGAGAUGAAGUAACCUCGAUGAUUUGGAAUGAUGAAUUGCAAACAGAAGUUUUGAUCGCUAGGAUGAAUCGACAAUUGAAUUUGUUCAGCGUGGAUGAAGGAGAAAAAAUUGAUUUGUUCAGUGUUGAAGGUGGAAGUGGUGCCAUAAAGGGAUUAUUUAGAUAUGAGUAAGUAAUGGAGGUUCUUCAAAAAUUGAAAAAUCGUUUUCCAGUGAUAAAUAUGUCACCUGCGUUGAAAGUGGUGAAGUUAAAACUUGGAACGAAGAAGGUGAACAAUUAUCUGAAUUCAAAGCUGGUCCAGGAGUUUCAAUGAUGCGUGGAAAUGAAAACCAAGUGGUUACUGGUGGAACCAAGAAUCUUGUCAAAACCUGGGAUCUUACUACAAACAAACAAACAUGGUCUGCGAGGAAUGUGCAAAAUGAUAUGCUCGGACUGGAAAUCCCAAUAAUGUGCACUGAUGUUCGAUUCAUCCCUGGUCAAAACACAAUUCUAGAAGCUACAAAACUUCAUGAAAUGAGGCUGUAUGACCCUCGAGCUCAACGAAGACCAGUGAAACAAAUGAAAUUCAUGGAAAAUCCAAUUAUGUCAACCGGUUUAACAUUCCGUGAAAAUUAUGUGUUGGCUGCAAAUUCAAUUGGAGAAAUGGGCUUAUUCGAUUUGCGUAGUAAAAUUCAUCCAGUCUGCAAAUUCAAAGGACAAGCUGGUUCAAUUCGAAGUAUUGAAGGACAUCCAACUGUUCCACUUUGUGCUUCGGUUGGAAUUGAUCGAUUCCUCCGAAUUCAUGAUUUACAAACGAAAAAACUUAUUCAUAAGGUUAUUUUUCUUCAGAUAUUUUCUCGGGUGAAUCGCAGAAUAGCCCCCACCUCAAAGUAAGCCCCCGCCAACAAGUAAAAGUCCCCACCGAGUCCCCACUCAAUGGAAAUGGGGACCUAAAAUGAUUAAGUGGGGACUUAUUUUUGGAUGGGGACCUAUAUUGGGGUGGGACUUAUAUUUGUAUGUGGGGGCCUAUUUUCACAUAAUUUUAAUAGAGUUGGGGGCUUUUAUUUCGAUCAUAGGGUAUUUCGGAAAAAAGGUCCCCACCACUAUCAUUUUGAGCCCCCACGUGUCAACUUAAUUUUAGGUCCCCACCAAUAAGAUUUCUUACCAUAAUAAGGUGGGGACCUAUAAUAUGUCUGACUAGUGGGGGCUUAAAAUGACAUUGGUGGGGGCCUGUUCUACGAUUCACCCAUUUUCUCAAAUCCUAACACCAAUAUUAUGUUUUCAGAUAUAUCUCAAAACCAAAUGCAAUCGUGUUCUUCUUCGAAAUGAUCUCUCAAUUCUUAACAAUAAAAAUGUUGCCAAAAAAGAAAUCAAUGAAGACGAAGAAGAAUAUGGUCGAAUGAACUCAAAUGGAUAUAAAGAGGAAGACGUUUCAGAUAAUGAUGAUGAAAAUUUGUGGGAUGAUAUGAAAACUGGAGAAGCUGGAGAAGAUUCAAACUCUGAACAGGAAUCUGAAAAUGAUGAUGAGGAAGAAGAAGACGAAGAACCAGCAACUAAAAAACGAAAAGUAUCUGCUGCUAAAAAUUCGCGAAAACGUCAUGAUUCUGAUUCUGAUAUUGAAGAAAUUCCGGAACCAAAGAAAAAGAUGAAAAUCGACGAAAAAAAGAAACAACGUGGAAAAAAACGUCGAUACGUGGAUGAGGAUAUAAAAGAAGAAAUUAUUGAAUGA